AUGGAGGGUCACCAAUCUCCGCAAAUGACAGACAACGAAAUUCAACAACCCUCACAAGCCGAACUAUUGGCCAUGAUCGCGGAACUUCAAACUGAAGUUCAAAAAAUAGCCGAGCAAUCGUCGAAGAAUCCAGGAGGGAAUAGCUCUCAGGCUCGAGAAAUAGAGCCGCUAGAGAUUACUCCGCCAAAGGAAAAACUCACACUUGAUAACCCUUUCUCGGAAGGUGUCAUGAGUGUUCAAAUGCCAAAGAAUAUUGUGCUUCCCAUCGGGCUCAAACCCUACGAGGCUACGAGGGAUUCGACGACCCACGUAUGGUGCUGUUUACUUUGGUUUUCCAACAUUCCCGCAGAUUCCAUCUCUUGCUUCGAGGAUUUGGCAACGUCCUUUAUUGACUAUUUUGCAGCUUCAAUGAUAUAUGUCCACGGGGCGAAUUACCUCAACACCAUUAAGCAGGGUUCACAUGAAAGUUUGAAGGAUUAUAUGACCAGAUUCGCCAAGGCAACCAUGGAAAUACCCGACCUCAACCCCAAGGUACACCUCCACGCACUAAAGAGUGGCCUGAGACUAGGCAAAUUCCAGGAGACAAUAGCUAUAACCAAACCCAGGACCUUAGAGGAAUUCCGCGAAAAGGCGGUUGGACAAAUGGAAAUUGAAGAGCUUAGAGAAGCUCGGCGAGCGGAAAAACAACAGCCUCGGCGAGAAGAGGAAAAACACCCCAAGAUACUGAAUCAAAAGGACAAUAAGAAGCCCUUCAAACUAACGGCGAAAUAUGAUGCCUAUACCCAGUUCAACACCAGGAGAGAAGACAUCAUCAAGGAGAUAUUGAAUGCAAAGAUCUUCAAGCCACCCAGCAGAGCGGGCUCAUAUCAAGACCAGAGAUACGUUGACAAAUCAAAACACUGCGUCUUCUAUAAAAAAUUUGGCUACACAAUCGACAAAUGCGUGAUCGCUAAAGACCUCCUGGAGAGGUUGGCCAGACAAGGCCACCUGGACAAGUAUAUAGGCGGCCCGAAUGCAACAGACCUGAUAGAACACCGCCGACCUUCAACCAGAACAAAAUCCAAAUACUAUAGAAAAGGCCAAGCCUCAACCACCACCAACAAGGGGAGUCAUAAACUGCAUCUCAGGAGGAUUUGCAGGAGACGGACAUACAAGCUCAGCAAGGAAACAAAGUUACAAAACCAUGUUAAUGGUCCAGACGACGAAGGAAGCAACCACACAGCCACCAGCCAUACCUACCAUCACAUUCGAACAAUCUGA